CAAGAGACUUAUUUGGAAGUUUGAGCACACCCGUAUCAGUGGACAAACACAACCUCAUCGGCCAAUGUCUAAGCCAAGGUUGGAGGGCAAGGUGGCCCUGAUAACUGGUGGGGCAAGGGGGAUUGGUGAGGAAGCAGUGAGACUAUUUGCAGCAAAUGGAGCCUUUGUUGUUAUUGCAGAUAUCCUAGACGAAUUAGGUCAUCAAGUUGUUGCCUCAAUCGGUUCAGACAGAGUUAGCUAUUGUCAUUGCGACGUCAGAGAUGAAAACCAAGUUGAAAAUACUGUGAACUUCACGUUGGAAAACUACGGCAGCCUCGAUAUUUUGUUCAGCAAUGCAGGUGUCAUGGGUUCAAUGACUGGCAUUUUAGACCUUGACAUUCAAGGCUUUGACAACACAAUGGCCAUAAACGUUCGCGGUGUUGCUGCAACGUUCAAGCACGCGGCGCGAGCCAUGGUGGCACGUGCCGUGCGUGGUUCAAUCAUAUGUACCACAAGCAUUGCAGCAUCUCUCGGAGGCACAGCUCCGCAGGCUUACACCACUUCGAAACAUGCUCUAUUGGGUUUGGUCAGAGCAGCUUGCAGUGAGCUCGGAGCUCACGGGAUUCGAGUUAACAGCAUUUCUCCGUUUGGUGUCGCAACCUUGUUUUCAUGCAAAGCGUACAAUGUGGACCCAGAUGUGGCUGAGGCCAGUAUCUCCGCCAAGGGAAAUUUGAAGGGCGUUGUGUUGAAGGCUAGGCAUGUGGCGGAGGCGGCUCUGUUUCUUGCCACCGAUGAAUCAGGCUAUGUCAGUGGACACAACUUGGUUGUCGAUGGCGGAUUCACGGUGGUUAAUCACAGUUUCUCAGCCAAGUAAAACUGCGGUUUGUUGUCGCUAAAAGAGCCAACUUUUAAUGUAGGGUUGGCAUUUCCGUUAGUUUAUUUUUCUGAAUAAAGGUGAGUGGUCUCUGUUUUUAAAGUCGAACUUUGUUACCAAUAAUUGCCAUGUGCAUUUUCCUUGUAAUCUGCAACUGCAAUGUUAUCUUCCUCCAAUUAUAUCCCUCUAAUAUAAGCUUUAUUUAUUUAA